UCGCACACGAAACAUAUAAUAUAUAUAAUUUAACUCUGUCCUGUGUGCUGUCGCCGUCAUGCCAGCCACGGCUUCAGACGUCUGCCUCGUCAUACUGGCCAUUUUCAUUCCCCCACUCGCAGUCUUGUUGAAGCGGGGAUGUGGACCCGAUCUCUGCAUUAAUAUCGUCCUGACUCUGCUCGGUGAUAUUCCGGGCAUAAUCCAUGCAUUGUUCAUCGUUUUGACUUCGCGUGAUAGACGAGACUGGAAUCAAAACCAGUACUACCAUCAGAGCCGAUACUAUUAGUCAAGGUUGUAUCUAAUAUUGUCUCCGCGAAUUGUGAGGUCGAGCCAAGGGUGUAGAAUAUAAGGAUCACUAGCUCUCAAUAGUUGUACUGUACAUAAACG